UUGGUGAACAGAAAGAGAGUGCGUAACGGUGUAUCCGCUGUAGGCUGCUCUUUUGGAAUCACCCAAAAAAAGAAAAAGAAAAGUUAAUUUAAUUCUAGUUACUUCUCAUCUCUCCUCCUUCUUGUUCCAAUUCCUUUUAAACGCGCGACGCCAGCCAUGCGUGGACGCGUAAUUUCAGCCGUGCCAGAAGGACCUCUGAUGACUUUUCAAAAAGUACCACAUGCUUCAAAGUGACUGCUGUCUCCACCCUGCACGGAGCACAGGAGCAAAAACUCCGCGAACAGCUGGAGAGCUGAUUUUGAGACCGCGUCCCCAAGAGCUUUUUACGCACAAGGACUGGAAUCUGCGUCUGGAUAACGCGCCGCAACUCGGCAUUUUGAUAAAGGACACACAACAAGAAGUGGACAACGUGUGCAUUUACCGACACGUCCCAUAGCUUCUUGUGCUGAGAACAAGUGAUUUAAGGAGAAGGAGACGAGCGGGAUCAUAGAGAAGAUCGGGGAAGUUGAGUAUCUGUGGACGCACUGUGGCGCACAAAUGGUGUUUCUGUGGGACGCAAAAUACGACCCAGCCCCUGGCCGGCGUUACACUCCCCCCUCCACCACCCUCGCCUCCGGGGGGAAGAUGGCCGAGGCCCUGCCCCUGGGGGCCCAGGAGGCCGGAGGCGGGGCCGCUCUGAUGGGCAAACUGCGUAUGGCCGACCGUGGCAUGGUGGAGGUGAUCUCAGAUCAUCCAGGAGAGCUGGUGAAGUCAGACAGUCCGAACUUCCUCUGCUCGGUGCUGCCGACACACUGGAGGUGUAACAAGACCCUGCCCAUUGCCUUCAAGGUGGUUGCGCUGGGCGACAUCCCAGACGGCACCUUGGUCACGGUGAUGGCCGGAAACGACGAGAACUACUCAGCGGAGCUUCGCAACGCCACGGCGGCCAUCAAGAACCAGGUGGCUCGAUUCAACGACCUGCGCUUUGUCGGCCGCAGCGGAAGAGGGAAGAGUUUCACCCUGACCAUCACAGUGUUCACCAACCCUCCUCAAGUGGCCACAUACCAAAGAGCUAUUAAAAUUACAGUGGACGGUCCAAGAGAGCCACGACGUCAUCGUCAGAAAAUGGACGAGGUCAAACCAGGCACACUGGCGUUCUCUGAGCGGCUAACUGAGCUGGAGCAGCUGAGGCGGAGCUCGAUGAGGGUGACGCCGCCUCACCAUCAUCACCACCAACCCUCCGCCAACACCCGCCAAGCACUCGGCUCGGCCACAUUCUCCAGUCCCACGCACACGCAGUUAACUGCUGAUUCCAGACAGAUGCAGUCGUCUCCAUCUUGGUCCUACGACCAGUCGUAUCCCUACCUUGGCCAGAUAACCGCACCCACUGUCCAUACAGCCCCCAACCCCCUUUCGCCUGGCCGCUCUUCCCUCAGCGACUUGUCCUCACGACUCACAGGCCCUGACCUCACAGCCUUUGGAGACCCCAGGAUGACCUUGGAACGAUCUUUCUCUUCUCUUCCCUCCUUGCCUGACUCCCGCUUCUCCGACCCCCGCGUGCACUACCCUUCCACGGCGGCGGCCUUCACCUACGCCCCCUCCCACAACCCUGUCUCCAACAGCGCCCUUGGCAUCAGCAUGGCGACGGCCAUGGCGACCACCCCAGCAGGGCGGUACCACACCUACCUGCCUCCUCCCUAUCCUGCGAACACGCCCCACCAGGCUCAGAAUGGGCAUUUCCAGUCCACCUCCUCCCCGUACCACCUGUACUACUCCACCGCUGCCGGAUCGUACCAGUUCUCCAUGAUGGCCGGGGGAGGCGGCAGCAGCGACUCACGCUCCCCUCCGAGGAUCCUGCCGCCAUGCACCAACGCCUCCACAGGCUCCUCCCUCCUGCACCCGUCCUUGCCCAAUCAGAAUGAAGGAGUGGGCGUUGAGGUGGAGUCGAGCCAUAGCAGCUCCCCGACAAACAUGGCGGCUGCUGAAGCUGUCUGGAGACCGUACUGACACAGCCAGGGCAGGAUGCUCUUAAUGAAGUGGUCAUGUGAUGGCAGACGCAUAAAUAAAUACACACCAAUCUGAAUACAUGACGUGGUUUCCAUCAACACACAUGUGAUUUGUCGACCGUAACAAAAAUAUUGAAUAUCAACAGACUUACACCCUUCGCACAUCAGUAGAAUGAACAAAUUCAAACUUGGGUUGGCUGAGCUUAAUUGAAAACACUUUUGGAGUUCUGUUCGAAACUGGGACCGUGGUUGCUGGUUUUCUAUUUAUGUGGGAAAAACCACAUUGCUGUGCGUCAUCACAUGACCAGGCGCCAUAUGCAGGGUGCGGCCACUUAAAAAAAAAAAAAAAGGCUACUGACAAACACUGUUAGGUCAGUGAAGAACAAGCAGAGUGACGGACAGGUUUAGCAGUGAGGGGACUGAUCCCCCCCCACCCCCCCCCCCCCCCCCCCCAGCCUCACUGCAGGAUGCAAAGAGACACGCGGGACUGCAGAAGAGAAGAGUUUCUAUGAAACAGAAAGGAUUUAACCAUGGACAUGAAAAGCAGCAGGGAAACUUUUUGGUUUUACACUGACAAGGUGCAUGCAGCAGCACUGGACUGAUCUCAAUUCAGCUUCCCUCUUGUACAUUAACAGGACUUCUCCCUCAGACAUGUUGUUGUUGUGACUUGAUGAUUUGCUCAUCCCGAAUAUUGUAGUGGCCUGUUUGUGUUUUCCUUCCCCCAUCCGUCCAUUUUUCUUACUCCCCCCAUGCUGUUACCACGCCUCAAUGGUUUAUGGUUGAAGAACUGAGCCCUCUGCCUUUUAAAGAAGAUAAUGAAUCAUGAUCACUUCACUCACUAAAUUGGUCAAAUGAAUUAAAUCUGGACAGAAAACAACUGUGACAGUGUACGUCAGCCUCACCCAUCAAAACAACUAGUAAAUCCUCUCUUUAAGACAAGGCUUUGAUUAUGAUUCUUAGCAACUGCGGUCAAUUUGAGAUUUUCCACAUUUUCAUUACAUUUAUUCGGCAGAUCCUUUCUUACUCAAGGACUAAAGACCCCGGGUGAAACUGGCAACAUUGAGAAAAGCUGGCUGACCUGCCCAACGUUGGUUAAGCAGCUUGAUUAAUCCCAUAUUUAUCAUUGAUGGCCUUGGAUUCCAGGAAGAUUGUUCAUCUUCCGAAGUUUCUUAACGAUGACUCAGAUGUUUUUACAGGGGCAACACUUGGUAUGAAAAUCAAAUUUAAACUGUGUUUGUGUUCCAUCAGCAGCUUCACUCCGAGAUGACUUGUCUUCUGGCCUGCAGACCAGUCUCUGCUCGAUGUUCAAUGACUCAUUUCCUCACUGCACUGAGAAGUCAUUACAGUAUGAAGUUUUGCAAUGUGUUAAUUUAUUCCCACAAUGCCAUUUUUGGUAGCGUUUCAUGUCUUUGUUCUUGUGUGUGUGAGUGUGUGUGGGUGGUUGAGUAUGUGUAUGUUACUUUUACCCAUGAUCCACAGCUAAUUUGUACUGUAUAUAGCCAUUGCUGUAAAGGACACUGCAUCUUUAAUAUGGUUUCGUCCUCCCUUGUUCGCUCUGUUUCUCUCUUACACACACACACAGACACACACACACACACGUGUUUUAUUUUGAAACUGUUGAUAGUUCACAUUUGGUUGUGAUUUAUAUAAAUAUUCUUGAGGAAA